GCGAAUAUGCUCCCAGCUCAACUCUUGUCCCGAUUCUCGAGGCAACCUUCUUCUUCUGCUAAAUCAACGGCCACGAUCCCAUCUACCAAUCUAACGGCCUCCGUUCGUCCUCUCCCUCCCCAAUAUUAGGGUUUCUCUUUCUUUCUCUUCUUCUGCCAACACUUUCUCGCAUUUUCCCUCUUCUUCCUCUCUCACGUUUUCCGCUUCAGUUUUCUCGGGAAAAUCAUGGUGAAAGGUCCAGGCCUCUACUCUGACAUUGGCAAGAGAGCUCGCGAUCUUCUGUUCAAGGAUUAUCAGAAUGACCACAAGUUCACCAUCACCACUUACACUUCCACCGGAGUGGAAAUCACUUCAACUGGAGUCAGGAAAGGUGAGAUAUAUUUGGCCGAUGUCAGCACUAAGGUGAAGAACAAGAACAUCACAACUGAUGUCAAAGUGGACACUAACUCAAAUCUGCGUACAAUCAUUACUGUGGAUGAACCUGCCCCUGGACUCAAGACAAUUUUUAGCUUUAAUUUUCCAGAUCAGAAAUCUGGCAAGGUAGAACUCCAGUACCAGCAUGAGUAUGCUGGAAUCAGCACCAGCAUUGGAUUGACAGCAAAUCCUGUUGUUAACUUCUCUGGUGUGGUUGGAAAUAAUUUGGUUGCCGUUGGGACAGAUCUUUCAUUUGAUACUACCUCUGGCAACUUUACCAAAUACAAUGCAGGGUUGAACAUUACUCAUGCUGACCUCAUUGCAUCUCUAACACUAAAUGACAAAGGUGACAACCUUACUGCCUCAUAUUACCACAUUGUAAACCCGCUGACUAAUUCGGCUGUUGGUGCGGAACUUUCACAUAGCUUUUCUGGCAAUGAAAAUAUACUCACCUUUGGUACACAGCAUGCUCUGGACCCGCUAACGCUGUUGAAAGCUCGGGUGAACAACUAUGGUCGUGCAAGUGCUCUGAUCCAGCACGACUGGACUCCAAGAACUCGAUUUUCGCUUGUUGGUGAGGUGGAUACUGGGGCCAUCGAAAAGAGUGCAAAGGUUGGUCUUGCUGUGGCCUUGAAACCAUAGACCAAGUCGUUUUGUGAGUGAUAUAUGGGAUGCUUCUCGUGGUGGAGGAUAAUUUGUUGUAGACUUUCACUUUCCCAAUGAACAUCUAGUGCUUCAUUUUGGAGCUAUAUCAAUUUCUUCAUAUCUUGGUGGACUUGAGUGUAAAAUCAAUAAGCACAAAAAGAAUUUGAAUUUGUACUUAUUCAACAGAUCCACCCGAAAGCCAUUGAUUUAGGUGCAUCUUUGCGUAAGCUUUUUGAGCAUGGAAGGUGAUUGCCCAGCAAUUUGGUUGUUUUAGGGUGUAUAUCGAAGCUUUGCUUUAGAUGCCUAGUAAAUAUUUGGUAAUAUAUAGUUUCUUUUCUUUUGUUCAAAA